AUGUAUUCAGACACGUGGAUUAUUCUUUUAGCCCUGUGGCUUACAUCUGCUUCCUCAAGUCAAGGAGUCUGUAAGAAACAAAGAGUCAGCGCUCUACUUGGCUCUUCUGUGGUCUUGCCCUGCAACUUUUCAUCAGAUGACUCCAGCUGGGUUGAAUGGACUCAAGAAGAUGGACAAAAUGUGGACCUGGUUCGUCUCUCAUCUAAGGGACGCAUUCUUUACCUGGACCCCAGAUCUGGCAGAGUGAAAACCUUUCCCCUCCAGGCUUCAGAGAGGAAAUACUCUAUCAUCAUUGAUGAGCUCCAAGACUCUGAUAUAGGUUCUUACUACUGCAGGAAGAGCAAUGAAUGCUUUGAAGUGAAGUUGUCCAAAGGUCAAGGAGUCUGUAAGACACAAAGAGUCAGCGCUCGACUUGGCUCUUCUGUGGUCUUGCCCUGCAACUUUUCAUCAGAUGACUCCAGCUGGGUUAAUUGGACUCAGGCUAAGGAAGAUGGACAAAAUAUGGACCUGGUUCGUCUCUCAUCUAAGGGACGCAUUCUUUACCUGGACCCCAGAUCUGGGCGAGUGAAAACCUUUCCCAUCCAGGCUUUAAAGAGGAAUUACUCUAUCAUCAUUGAUGAGCUCCAAACCUCUGAUAUAGGUUCUUACUACUGCAGGAAGAGCAAUGAAUGCUUUGAAGUUGAAGUGGAGUUGUCCAAAUACAAAGAUGCGGACGUUUCACUACUGAGAUACGUUUUCAUUGGAAUGUCUGCUGUCCUUUUUCUGAGUGCUGUUGUCUACUUCAUAAAAUGGUCCUGUAACAAGCACACACUGGACAGCACUGCCGAUCCAUCAGUAGAAAUGUAACGGGUAAUUUGAGAUCAAAUGGCCCCAUUAUCUGGUUACAUUAGUCACUUAAGUUACACAAUCUUCAUGGUCGCCGUCUUCUUAUUGUUGUUAGCUCCAUCCUCUCCAAUUCUUCUAGCUUUCAAAACUAAAAAACCUUCCCAGAAUUAAACUCUAUGUUAAUUUUCCAAAUGAAGUAAUGCUAGCAUAUCUACAUGUGGUAAAAACAUGUCAUAAGGUAAUGUAAAUAUGCUUAUGCAAAUUUACAAUGCAUUCUUGGAAAAUCCUACAUAUUAUUGUUAACUAAACAAAAUUAUCCUACCAGGAGUCUUAACUUAAAAUGAAGGUUGCUGCUCUGGAUUUGGUUGGAGUAUUUUGUUUGAUGGUUCCUCGCUUCACCUGUUGGAUUCAUUUUUGAUGUAAUAUUUUGUAGUGCAGUUUUACAUCCGUAGGUUGUAACAGGAAAAGUGCAGUUAA